AUGGACUCAGAGACCAUCAGACGACGAGUUUCCGACCUGAUCGCUCGGUCACAGCCAUACGUCGACCAGGCCAGAGAACACAUACGACCAUAUGCCGAUCAAGCAAAGGAACACGUACGGCCAUUCCUGGAUGAGGCGACAGCUCAGUUCCAGAGAUCGAAACACCACUGCUCCUCAGCACUGAGCUCGGCCCAGACAGACUUCCACAGGCUAUCCCAGCAACCUCACUUCAAAGAAAUCGCUUCCGGCCUGAUACUACUGCUCUUCCUCACCGUCACCGUCGCGCGAUACAUAUCCUACCGACACUCGCGCACGCCAUCUCGCCCAUCAACUCCCUCGACACCACGUCUCGAGAAAGCAAACCACACCAGCCCUCCCCAGUCCACACGUAAACCAGGAACAUGGCCGCCUUCGACGUUCGUCCGGCCCAAACCACCGCCCUAUGAAAACUGGUCCAUCGAACGCACCAAGCCGCUCCCCUACCGCCCUUUCCGCUAUGGCCCCAAGUAUUUCCAAACCAUGGGGCUCCGCAACAUCAAAUGGGAUGACUGGAUCGAACUAGACAACCACUUCCCCCGCUACCACAGCGACAAGACGCGGCGCAUCAAAGAACGCGGCCACAAAUGCUGCAGAACCCACCCGGAUGCAUACCCCGCGGCCCUCGAACUCCUGGAAGAACUGCGGUCCUACCUUCCGGAUCGAUACCCCUCGCUCUACGCCCGCACGGACAAGGGCAUCAAAAACCUCUGGAGCGGCGAAGAACUCGAUACGACAAGCGACCCCUUGCCCGAAGACCCGAUGCAGACGGCGGCGCGCCUCGUGCAGGACGACCUGGCCAUCAUGAUCGAGCGGCCCGACGGCCAAUACUACCUCCUCGCCGGGGCGAUCCUGCUCGCGGGCUUCUGGCGGCUGGAGGACAAGUACGGCAUGCCGCUCAGCGAGAUCCACACCUCGGGCGACGUGCCGCAGUACCGCGAGAAGCUCGAGAAGGGCAUGAUGAACUUCUUCCGCCGCCUCAAGCCCGAGGAGCUGGUCGCGCGGAACAACUACUUCCUGCAGGUGGACGAGGAUCUCGCGUGGUCGUACAGCAUCGGCAGCGAGGACCUGCCGCACAUCAGCUGGAACACGGCCGAGAAGAACCGCGCCAUCGAGCAUCAUUACUUCCGCUCCGAGCGGCAGAGCUUGCGCCGCCUGCCCAAGAGCGGCGGCGUGGUGUUUACGAUUCGCACCUACUUCCACCCGAUCACCGAGGUCGCGCAGGAAGAUUAUGUCCCCGGCCGGCUGGCCAGCGCUGUCAGAAGCUGGGGCGAUGACGUGAGUCGGUACAAGGGCAAGGAGAAGUACGAGGCCGUCUUGCUCGAGUAUCUCGACAAGAAGCAUCAGGAGCAGCUGGACAGGGGCUUGAAGUUGGAAGAAGAGGACGAGAAGAGGAGUUAUCCAUGGUGA